GCUACUUUAUUCCAAGAAAUUUCGGCCUGCAUCAAUUGCGAUUAGAUGUGUUGUGCUUAGCGGUGCGCUCGUGAAAACGAUCCAAAUUCCUGGUGGUUUGCAAACGAAUCUCGUGCAGAAAACAGCACCCGUCCAACGACUACAUCAUCCACCAACCGUGCGUGCUGUUAGUUGGUCGAAAAUCGAACCGCGAAAACGGUGAAAAGUGUGUUGUGAUAAGAGCGUGAAGGAAGCAGCGCGAUGGUUUGGGGGUUUGUUACUUGCGGCCCGAACGAGGCCUUGGUAGUAUCAGGAUGUUGCCACAUGAAGCCACUGUUGGUUCCUGGCGGUCGGGCAUUCGUUUGGCCUUCGAUUCAACAAGUGCAAAGAAUCUCGCUCAACACCAUGACGCUGCAGGUGGAAAGCCCGACCGUGUACACCAGCCAGGGCGUGCCGAUCUCCGUAACCGGCAUCGCGCAGGUGAAGAUCCAGGGCCAGAACGAGGACAUGCUGCUGACGGCGUGCGAGCAGUUCCUCGGCAAAUCGGAAGCCGAAAUCCAGCACAUCGCCCUGGUGACGCUCGAAGGCCACCAGCGUGCCAUCAUGGGCUCGAUGACGGUCGAGGAGAUCUACAAGGAUCGCAAGAAGUUCUCGAAACAGGUGUUCGAGGUCGCUUCGUCCGACCUGGUCAACAUGGGCAUUACCGUCGUGUCCUACACGCUGAAGGAUAUCCGCGAUGAGGAGGGAUACCUGAAAAGCCUCGGUAUGGCCCGUACGGCGGAAGUGAAGCGCGAUGCACGGAUCGGCGAGGCGGAGGCCCGGUGCGAUGCGACGAUCAAGGAAGCGAUUGCCGAGGAGCAACGGAUGGCGGCCCGCUUCCUGAACGACACCGAGAUCGCGAAGGCCCAGCGUGACUUCGAGCUGAAGAAGGCCGUGUACGAUGUGGAGGUGCAGACGAAGAAGGCCGAGGCGGAGAUGGCGUACGAGCUGCAGGCGGCCAAGACGAAGCAGCGCAUCAAGGAGGAGCAGAUGCAGAUUAAGGUGGUCGAGCGUACGCAGGAAAUUGCGGUCCAGGAGCAGGAAAUGCAGCGCCGCGAGCGCGAGCUGGAGGCCACCAUCCGCCGGCCGGCCGAGGCCGAGAAGUACAAGCUGGAAAAGCUGGCCGAAGCGAACAAGCUGCGCGUCAUCCUGGAGGCGGAGGCAGAAGCGGAAGCGAUAAAGGUACGCGGAGAGGCGGAAGCGUUUGCCAUCGCUGCCAAAUCGAAGGCCGAAGCGGAACAGAUGGCCAAGAAGGCGGAAGCUUGGAGAGAGUAUCGCGAGGCAGCCAUGGUCGAUAUGCUGCUGGAUACACUGCCAAAGGUUGCGGCAGAAGUGGCGGCACCACUGUCGCAGGCGAAGAAAAUCACGAUGGUAUCGAGCGGCAACGGUGAGGUUGGUGCCGUGAAGCUGACCGGCGAGGUGCUACAGAUCGUGAACAAAAUCCCGGAGCUGGUCAAAUCCAUCACCGGGGUUGAUAUCUCGCGGGUAAAUCAAAACCAUAAGUACAUCUAAAAAAUACCCACCACCACCACCAAUCCCCGAAACCGGCACAACACAACAUGCUUUCACACACUUCCACAUCCACACAACUAUCAUUCACAACGAGAUUACGUUCUGCAACACAAUAACACGUCCCAUCAUCAUCAUCAACUUCAUCAUCAGUCAUCAUCAGAUAGCAAACUGCUAGCGCGUCGGCAGUGUGGAAGCAAUUGGCACCAAAGAGGCCCGUUUAGGUGUAAAAUCCCCAAUUUUCAGCAACCCGCUUCUAUUCGGCUGAUUUAGUUAGUUCGGAGUAAACGAAAAAUUAAACGCAUAAAAGGGACGAUAGUGAAAAUUGUAGAAGUAUCGUACGCGGCAUCAAUAGGAUAGAAUGACUGCUGUAGUAGCAAUCAUUGUGGCAAAACGUAUCCAAACCUUUCUAGGAUAAAUGAUUAGUUUUUUUUAGAAAGUAGAAAGAGAAAAAGGCGCUCUAGGCGGCUCUAGGCUGUAGGCGAAUUAGUUGUUGUGGUAUCAUCAUUAUUAUUAGAAUAAUUUAUAGCUUUAAUUUCGGUAGCUGUUUCCGUUCUCCCACUAGUUCUUUACUUCUUUCUAUUCUUUUAUUUAUAAAUUCUGUUAUUGCAGGCAGUAUUUGAUCUACCGUCGACAGAGGUGGUAAUGGAAUUGCAUCCAGAAGUGAUAGUUUAAGCUAUUUAACAUGAACAUUGCAUUGGGUUAGAUUAUUUUAUGACAAAUUAUGUUAGGCUAGCUGUAUUGUGUUAUUUGCCUUUUUGAUUCUCCUGUACACGAUUCCAUUUGCUAAUCGUCAAUGGGGGAACACAAGCCGAACCCUCCGAAACUAACACUACUGCUACGUUCAACAUACUUCCUUCCCAUCAUAAACGUUGACCACUGCGCCAACAUGACCAACGGACACCGUAACACACGCACACACUCACAUGAUUUCCACCAGAGACACAACGAGAACACUUUAGAUAUUGCUUGUGGUUCGCUCAAGGCGAUCGGCACUACGACUGGUGGGGAAGGUUUUUUCGGAAUCGCGUGAGUGUAUUUCGAUUAGUAGAGUAGCAUGCGUUUUCCUUAGAGCAGCUUCAGUUUGGACAGUCGUGUUUCGGCGGCAGUUCGAUGUAGUACACACGAAUAGUUUCAUCUUAGAAGCAAGAUCUUUCUGCGCGUUAUCGUUUCUUUACAUCGAAAGUCUGUCUCAUGACAUCAUAUCCUUCCCACAUCAUAUCUCCUUAACACAUCUACACACUUCACCAUACAUACAUACCAUUUUUCUCUUUCAAAUACGCACUCAUUUUUCGAAACUCGCUCCUGAAUUGUGCUUCUUUUAAAGAUUGCUGCUUGCUGCCACCUGUUGAUGCGAUUUAUGAUUUUUCUCUCUCUUUCUCUCGCAAAACCCUCCCCUAAUAACAAACCCCAUUUUUAUUUUUCUAGUCCGUACACGCUGGUUAAAUGAGCCCGAAAGGUUACGAUAAAACAGAAAAGUCCUGUGCAGGACUUGCGUCUUAGCAUCCUCCCUGUUCAACAUUUAACAUUUUUUGCAAAACGAAGAAAGUCGCGGAAAAGGACAAAGUUACACACUCACACACCCGGGGUGCGCAAGCGGAUGGUCCAGGGAAGAGUUGGACGCACAGCGUCUCCGAUCGAUCGUCAGCGAACGAACCACAGAACCACUUGAACCAGCCAUAAUAGGAGAUGAUAUAUGUAGUCCCGCAGCGGGGUAUCGUUGUUAAUGUUUGUAUUCUCUAUAUUGGAAUAUUUUUUCCUCCCACAUUUUCCACUGCAAAUGUAUGCCUGGGGGUCGUACCGGAAAGAGGGCGGGCGAGUGUUUCACAAAUUCGGAUGUGUGUGUGUGUGGCGCACAAGCUUUAUCUUUUAUUAUUCGAACUAUUUUCUGUUGUUUAUUAUACCUCUUCCAGUUACGUUAUUUCCUGCGUUAUGUUUAAGCUUUAUCUUAUAUUUCAUUUAGCAAGGCUUAAGUUGUUGAGGUAUGAAGGUAUAAUUUUUCAGGGUUUAGGGGUAGUUUAAGCAUUGUUACAUUCGAUGAUGUUCACGCUCACACACACACACGCACUCAAAACACACACAAUCCUCCAACAGAUGCCAACCAGUCUCAGUGUAGAUGCUAUUUUGGUAGCCUUAGCGCAAGGAACCAUGUACCAGGCGGUGUUAGAGGGUUCCGGCACACAGCAGGAUGUGUGGAGUAAACUUUGUAUCUACUUCUCAGUAUCACUUUUAGUCUAGUCACUGCCGCGGAAAUACUUUGCACAACUAACCAGCCACCGCUUUCGAAUCGAUCAAAACGUGUGUGAUUUACAUUCAGCGUUUGCCAUUAAUGAAUUCAUUGCAAAGCCACACUCUCACUCCGUUAUACAGUUAGUUUGAUGAAAUCAUUAGAAAAACGUUUAAAGAAGCAGGGAAACAUUACUCUUUUGUGCAUUUUAUUUCGCAUUAUUUCGAUAUAGAGCUAUAUACUCACUGUUCGGGUGGAAGUUGCGAGCGUGUGUAACACCUUAAAGUAAAACCCAUUCUCCAUCCAUUGACUUGGCCUAUUUCCGGUAAAAUCCGUAAAUCCGUAAAAUCGAUACUUAGCAAAUGAGGAUAGACAGGCUUUGCUUGCGGAGCUUGCACAAGCGUAUGAGAAAUGCAUUUUUGUAUGUACACACAAGUUCGCGUAAAUCGUAACCAUACUCUACUCUAGCGAACCUAUAGAUUUCAUUUCAAAUAAUUAUAUAAUUAACGAGAUGUCGCUAAACGACGUAUACUUUCCUCUCCCAGUGUUCGAAAUGUACCUUUUUCUCCCUUUCAAAACAAAACAAAACCGAACGAGAUACACAACACAGUUCAUCAUACACACUUUGUACGAGUAGCUCUGCUAUAACAGAUGAUUUAUAUGGGCGUCUCCUGCGGGUGGCGUGAAAAAUGUGCAUAAAGUAACAAUUAUAGCAACAAUUACGAAUGCUAACUUUAAACCAAUGCAACCCCACAUAGAACAACCGAGAAGCGUAUAUGCACAGCAAAGAUAAAGAUUAGAUGUAUUUGACCCAACCCCAUCACUCCAAACAUGGAAUGGAAAACACUCCAAAGGUGCGAAAACACAUUAACAAGAAAAAAAAAACAUGAUAUAUAUUUUGUAUUGUAGUUCGGCUUUUUGCGUGUCACGAUCGUUCGAGUGUAAAGCAACAAGAACAACAACAUGAAGAAUAUAUGUAGGACGAAUGGGAGUAUAACAUCGUAAUACUGUGGAAAUAAAAACAUACGAAAACAAA